GUUACUUAUUGGUACCAGUUUUUUCCCUGUUAUUUGAUGUUCGCAACAAUUUGUAAAUUCAUUAGGGCACGUUACGGUUGUCUCACGAAUCGAAUCAGUGCGAAACUGUAUUUGUGACGCAACAGAUCUUUAUAACUAAUUAUAAUUGGAAGGAAGUAAAAUCUAAAAUAGUCUCGAGCAAAAUCUGCCAUGCGUGAAAAAGAAAGUAUAAAAAAGUGGACAUGAAAAUUAAUCAUUCAAGUUUAAUUCUUUGCCUGUUUGGAUGUCAUGUGAAAUUGUAUCUAGUCACAGCUGUUUACGCUAUAGGACAAAUAGAAGAUGGACUUGAUGAUUACCCAAAGAUUAAUAGUGUCAGGCACAGGUCUAAACGAAACUUCAUCGCCUUUAAACGUUAUUGGUGGGACUCGAAAACAAUCCCUUACGUCUUGGAUAAAUCAUUAGGAACAUCAGGGAAGAAGGCCUUCAGGGAGGCCGUCAAGGAGUUUGAGAGAGAAACUUGUCUUAGAUUCACUCCUUACGCCGAUGAGAAAGAUUACGUCUGGGUUCAUCGAGGAUCAGGAUGCUCCUCUGCUACUGGGAGAUCUGGCGGUAAACAUACUUUGUCUCUUGGAAAGGGUUGUCAUGCAAAGGGUGUGGUCAUCCACGAGCUGCUGCAUGCACUGGGCAUGAUGCACGAACAUUGCCGAGCAGACAGAAACGAGUUCAUCAGGAUCAACAUGGAAAAUAUCAAGCCAGAGGCCAGAAUUGAGUACCGGAUAUUGAACGGUUUCGUCAAUGGAGAGCCGUACGACUACGGAUCUAUAAUGCACUAUGGGUUCAACUUCUUCAGCCUCGAUCCCAAGAAACCAAUCAUUGUCAAGCUAAUGCCUGGCGGAAAGCAGAUGGGCCAAAGAAAAGGUUUCUCAGGUCUCGAUUUAAGGAAAAUCAACAGGUUCUACAACUGUACAAAUUACAUUAAAUCAAUGCCAGCGCCCCAAAAGAAAAUUAUCAAGAUAGUGUCAGGAUAUUGUGACUUUGAGCGGGGAUUUUGUAAUUGGGAAAACUGGAUCAACGAAGAACAAGAUCAGUUUGACUGGAAGUUAGGGACAGCUGUGGUCAAAAAUCGUCCUGGAAUAAAUCUCCAACACCCCUUAAAUCUGUCAUUUACAGGAAGUUUCAUAUUCUUCGAAAAACCGCUGCAUAAACCCGCUGAGUACAUGAGUAGUGGCGUUCUUGCCAGUGCAGGAUUCUUCAAAGGAUUUAACUGUCUGAGUUUCCGAUAUUUUAUGAAAUCUGGUGGAUAUCUACGAGUGUUUACAGAGGAGGCCGAGUCAAAAGAGAACAACCCGUAUGUUUUGAUCUGGGAAAGGACAGGCCCACAAGGAGACAAUUGGAAUAAAAUGGAGAAAACGAUUUCGGGCAACUUGAUCAAGAUUUGUAUCGAAGGAAUCAAAAGUCCAGAUCAGGAUGGAUUUGUCGCCAUUGAUGACAUAAGCGUCUAUCAGGGAGAGACUUGUGUUGGAUGAGGCGUCUUCUAUUGGAAUCAGGUCACAUCCCGUUUGAAUCUAUUUGUACCACACUCAAAACUGUGAGUGUUACGCACGGCCCACAUUUAGAGCUGGAUGAUCAUUUUAAAUGGAUAGUUUAGUCCACAGUUGAUCAAAUAAAUCGAUAAAAAAGGGUCAGAACCUAUGAUAUUUCGAUAAUCUAAGAAUUUCUCGUCCAUAAUAGGAAGGUUAAGCAGCUUACAACCGUACACCACUGG